AAAUAUAAAUAAAAAUCAUUUUUUUUAUUUAAUUACGACAUCAUACUAAAAUAAACAAAACAAUUUCCACUUCUUUCAAUAACAAUUAAAAUUUAUACUAUAUUGGUUACAAGAAAAUACGAAGUAAAAGAUAAAAAGUGAUAAGAAACGACAUGGUCGUUGUUUUUCAUUAGACAAAUACUAAAUGGAAGAAGAAAAGAUGGAUACAUCACAACAAGGGCAAAAAAUGUCUUUGGAAUCACUCAGUAAAGAGGAAAUUAUUCAAAAAUAUAAAGGACUCCUGGGAAUAGCGAAGAAGGCAAAACAAGCUAAAGAUGAAAUUUCCGAAGAAAAUCGUAAAUUAAAAGAGCAGCUACAACAACAUGAAACACAAAAGGAUGCCGAUAAAAAAGCCUUAUUGACUAUGAAAGAAAUGCUAGAAGUUUAUACUGAAAAUAAACUUCAACUAACAACACAGGUUGCCGAAUUACAAAAGCAGCGCAAAUUAGAUACAGACAAUUUGGAAAAAUUUGCAAUAGAAAAUGAAAGUUUAAAACGUCAACUACAGCGUCUAACCGAUGACAAUGAAUCUCUUUUGACCGACAUAGAAAACAUGGAAGCACAACUCAAACAAGUAAGUGGUUUUGGAAAAGAGCAAAAAGAAAAUUUAGUUUUGCUGGAAAAAGAAAUUGUCCAAUUAAAAGAAGCCGAAGCUAAAAGCCAUGAAAUACAAUUGAAAAAUGAGGAGUUGUCUCAAGAAUUACAAGAAAUGAAAGAAAAGUAUAAAUUUAUUAAGGAUAUCAACACAGAGCAAAGACAUAAAUUUAAUUCCCUUAAAGACAGAUUCAUAGAGGUGCACAAAAAAUUAAAAAAACUUAAAGAAUGCAAACGUAUACUUUUGGAAACCCAGCAUGAGUAUGCAGAUUCUGUAUCGCAAUGGCAAAAUGAAAUUAUUAGAGCUUCAAAAGUACUAUGCAAAGAGCUCAAUAAUUUAAGGGAUGAAAAUAUAAAAUUAUUGCAAAAGUUGGGCAGAGAUCGAAGCAAUGAAAACGUUGGAGAGAAAAUUGUUUGUGUCGAUAAAUUGAAUGAGUUGUUGCAAUUGUCAGAAAAAGCCAAACAUGAUUAUCACAAUUUACAAGAAGAAAAUGUAAAACUAAAAGAAAAUUUAGGUAUUAAACCCAAUGAAUCUUCAUCGGUAACUUUAGAAAGUUCUGUUAAAAGGCUUGAUGAAAUGUGGCAGCUAAGUAAAACUGCUUUACAAGAGUAUCACGCAAUUCGAGCAGAGAAUGUUAUGUUAAAAGAGAAUGCUAAAUCUAAAGUGGAUCAUGAUCAAUUAGACUCUAGUAAAGAGUUUGAAAAAUGUUAUAAAAUUGCUGUAAAAUUGCAAGAAUUACAAGCCUUGGCCCAAAAAGCCAGUGAAGACUAUCAAAUUCAAAGUUUAGAAUUGGAGAAACUAAAAGAAGAUUAUGAACAACUAAAAAAUAAAAACGAAAUACCAGAAAUCUCUGAAGAUCGAAAUGAAAAACUGUUAAAAACUGAAAAGUCUUUACUAGAUGCUCAAACUGAACAACAAUUACAACAAGAAAAACAUGGGUUUGAAAAUCAAACCCAAGAAUUAGAAAAUAUGAAAGCUGAGUUGUUUAAAAUAAAUGAAGAAAACCAUCAUUUAAAAACUCAAUUGCAAGAUGUUUCAAAAGCAUCUAUUCAAAAAUCUUUAGAAGAUUCUUUAAAGAAAUCACAAAGUGAGUGUCAAGAACUCUCAGAAAAGCUAAAGUCUUUAGAACAAGAACAGCUAAAAGAUAAGCAAUAUUUUGAAAGUCUUUCUCUUGAUUUGCACAAAGUUAACGAGGAAAAACUGGCUUUAAAUAACAAAAUACAAGAAUUACAGAAAACCGCUGGUGAAACUGAAGCCAUGUUUUGCUUAAAAGAACAACUGUUAGCAGCUCAACAGUCGUUGGAAGAAUACCAACAAAUGUACAAAAAUAAAGAAAUGGAACAUGGUGAAUUGCUCGAUGAAAUGCGUGAAUUGAAUGAAGCUCUUAAGGCAAGGGGAGAUCUAAUAUCGCGACAACACGAAGAACAUCAAAUUCUAAAAACUGAUCUCAAAACUAAUGCAGAAAAAUUGGCAGAUAUUCAACAAGAAAUAGACAAAAAAGACCUACAAUUGACAGAGAAACAAAGUGAACUAGAAACCAUUACAAAAGAAAUAAGCAUGACCAAACAAAAAGUAGAAACCUUAGAACAUACCAGCUCAUUGAAUGAAGAAAAAGUUCGAGUACUCAGUAUUGAAUUGGAAAAUAUAAAGUCGAAUACUGCUGCCACCUCCAAUGAAUUGGACAAUCAAAGUGAUGUCCUUUCAACAUCAACUAUUUCGAGAGCUGAUGAGCUACAGAGACUUAAAGAUGUGGAGGAUUCAUUUGAAGACAAAUACAACAAACUGCGAGGUUUAGCAGCCAAAUUAAAGAAAAAACUGCAAGAAGAGACGAUAGUAAAGCAUAGACUGGAAAAAGAAAUACAAGAUUUUAAAAGCCACGAAAAUGAGUUGAAUGCUCAGUUAGUGGAGUUAAAAAACAAAAUUUCCGAUAUGGACUCUUUACAAAAACAAGUGAAUGAAAAACAAAAACACAUUGACUCUCUCAAAGCAGAAAAUCAAAAGUUGAAAUUAUCACGCAAACAAGCGAAUGUUUUGAAUUUGGAAAUAGAAGCUGCAGAAAAAUCAUUGACGGACGUAACGAAUAAACUCGCCACCCGCUCCUUGGAAUUGGAAGCUGCCCAAGAAUCGUUAAAAAGUAAAGAUUCCACUAUUCUACAACUAAGAAAAGAAAUUGAUCUAUUGGAAUCGUCAAAGGCUUCUGAAAUUAAACACUCUCAAGAAUUAAAACAACAAAUUGAUCAUCUACACAAGACACUCAGAGAUGAAAUGCAUAGCAAACAGCAAGCUUAUGACAAAUCAAAGAUUUUGGAACAAGAUUUGGAAAACUUAAAACUGGAAUUGGAAAACGUUAAUUCAGAAUUGGCACAAUCUACCAGCAAUCAAGAGUCUGCCCUAAGGUCUCUAAACAAUGAAAGGGAACAGCUUUCAUUGCAACUCUCCACAACCCAGGAGGCCCUCUCAGACUGUGAACAAAAACUAAAGCAGGCUGACAGAGUCACAGAAGAUUUACGCGUUGAGUAUUUGGAUUACAAGGUAAAAGCCCAGGCUGUCCUAAGAAAAAAUCAGAACCGAGAUUCUUCUAAGGAGAGAGAGCUGGAAGAGGAAUUGGUUACUAUGAGAGCUACAGAGACACGCCUGAAUGCCACUAUUCAAACGUUAACUACAAAAAUAGAAACUUUAGAAAAACAAAAGGAUUCUUUGAACGAUGAUAAUAUAAGAAUACAAAAACGCUCAAAGGAACUAAUGACACUUAUCGAAGAUAUACGAACACAAAACGAUGCCCUAAAUCAAGAAAUCCAACAAAAUGUCCAACAACAACAUGAAACAUUGAAACAACACCGUCAACAUAUCGAAUCUAUGGAUAAUUGUCAUAAGGACCAAAUACAAUCAUUAAACACAUCUCAUCAGAGACAAUUGGAACAAUUACGCAUAGAACUCUCACAACAUAUACGUUUACCCACCACUGUUGGAGCUAUAAAAUCAACAAAUCAGCCUCCUCAUGCGCACAUCGACUAUCAUUCUAUCGAUCAAGGUAAACUCGAUUUUCUCCUCAUGGAACGAGAAGAUGCCGAAGGUUCUGAAGAAGCAGCCGAAACUUUAGCUAACUUAGCAGCUUCGCGUAAAAUUUCCAAUGAUUCCUCAUCUGCCAAACGUUCCCUGCACGAUUUUAUGCCACUCGAUGAGUUGUUGAACACUCCCUUAAAUGCCAUUAAUAGUGAAACGUUAAUAACAAACUCGCAACAUCAACAACACCACUAUGUAACGGAUAAUGCAAUGAGUGUAGAAAAUACAACUACAGAUUUCCUACAGUUGGAAUUGAAUUCCACAAAAGAACGCCUGCAAAAGCAAGAGAGCAGAGUGCGUCAUUUAACCGCUUUGUUGGCGGAAAAUGAGCAAGAUCUGGCCAAGCUAACACAAAUGAACGAUAUGCUGAAAGAAGAGUUGCGAAGGCAAGAACGUUCGGUGGAAAGAGAGCAGCAUAUGCAUAAUUCGGAAUAUGUUAAGAAUGUGAUAAUGAAGUUUUUAACACUGAAUAAUGCUGAUGAAAAAACUCGCUUGGUACCUGUUUUGAAUACGAUACUUAAAUUAAAUCGAUCCGAAGCGGAAAUGCUUAAUUGUGUUGCUAAAGGGCAGAAAGUUACUGAAACCACACCCCGUACUGGUGGCUGGGGCAAUUUCUUGCCAUGGGGCAAUAAUAGUAAUAAUAACUAGUAUUAUAGAAAAUUUAAUUUUAAAAAAACUGCCCUUUGAAAAUGUAAAUUCUUGUCACUAAAGUUUCAAUUAGACUUUUUUAUUUUCUCUAAUUAUUCCAAAAAUACUACUAUUAUUAUAGUGUACUACAAUAUAAUAUAAAUAAAAAUCUACCUAUUAGUAAUGAAACAAAUAAAUUCCAAAUUUUUUUUUUAGUUUUAAUUUCUUUGUGAAUUUUUAUGAUAUUUAUGUAUAAUUUAUUUUAUUAAGUUUUAUAUACGCUGUAUGUAUAUAGUAUAUUGUAUUAUUUUAUAACUUUAUCCAAUUUAAAUUCAAAUAUGUAUGUAAUUUAUAUUUAUUUUGUAUUAUACGAAUAUAAAAUGUAAUAAAAAUAUAAAUCUACUCAAUAAUAUAAUAUA